GGUGAUGUAUUUUUGAUACCUGACUUGAAGAGGAGAGUGACACUGAAAGCUCAUCGUCGACAUUAGUUCGUUGUGACGGAACAGACAGUGUGUAUUGAAAGCUGUAGAAGUGUCGGUCUGCUGUUGUUGGUGUGUUUUCUGGAUGUAUUUCCAAUUCGUUAUGUCACCGCAUGAGUUUCUGGCCUGAGUCACUUCAUUAAAACACCCGGAAAGUUAAAAAGAAAGAAAGAAAAGAGACGAGCAAAGUAUGGACCCGCACGUUGAAUCUCAGCAAACAGAUAACAGCACUUCAGCUGAAUCAGCAGACGUUCCCCCGAGGAGGAUGACGAGACGACAGACUUUCACGCUGUUAUCGAUGGCAUCGGUCAACUUCAGCUCGAUGAUGUGCUACUCGAUAUUAGGCCCAUUUUUCCCCACUGAGGCAGUGAAGAAAGGAGCCACUCAAACUGAGGUCGGUCUCAUAUUCGGCUGCUAUGCUGUCUGCAACUUAAUUGGCUCAUUAGUGAUGGGAAAAUAUAUUGUCCAGAUUGGCGCAAAGUUUAUGCUCAUUACAGGACUAUUUGUGUCAUCGGGCUGCACUAUUCUGUUUGGAUUGCUUGACCGUGUUCCUGCGGGACCUGCGUUCAUAUCUCUUUGCUUUAUAGUGCGGUCUGUCGACGCCUUGGGCUUCGCCGCUGCGAUGACCUCGUCUUUCGCAGUGACAGCAAAAAUAUUCCCUAACAAUGUGGCGACUGUUCUGGGGAGUUUGGAGAUUUUCACAGGACUUGGUCUUAUUCUGGGGCCCCCACUUGGAGGAUGGUUCUAUCAGUCGUUUGGAUAUGAAGUUCCUUUUAUGCUACUCGGAUGUUUCCUGUUGAUCAUGGUUCCUUUCAACAUUUACAUCUUGCCAACUAUAGAUGCAGACCCGUCAAAGGAUUCGUUCUUUCGGCUCCUGACGCAUGUGAAGAUAGUCCUGCUCUGCUACGUGAUAUUCACUCUGAGUGCAGGUCUGGGUUUCCUGGACGCCACGCUGUCCCUGUAUGCUAUUGAAAAGUAUGAUCUCUCACCUGGCUACGUGGGGCUCAUCAUGGUUGGUUUGUCGCUGCCGUACUGCCUGGCGUCUCCACUGAUGGGUUAUUUCACUGAUAAAUAUCCUGCCACGAGAAGUUGGUUCAUGGUGACGGGAGGUGUUACCACCGCAAUCGGGUUCUGCCUGUGCGGCCCCGCCCCUUUCCUUCAGAUCCCUAGUCAGCUGUGGUUACUGGUGUUCAUGCUCGGUGUAAUUGGGUUUUCUCUGGGCAUGACUGCAAUCCCCACGUUCCCCGAGAUCAUCGCGUGUGCCUACAAAGAAGGAUUUCAGGAAGGACUAAGCACUCUUGGAAUGGUUUCUGGGCUGUUUGGUGCAGUUUGGUCUGUGGGGAUGUUUUACGGUCCAAUAGCGGGCGGUCUUAUCACACAACAUCUGAGCUUUGAGUGGGCAGCUGUAAUCCAAGGAGGACUGGCACUUCUGGGAGCUCUUCCACUUGCUGUGUAUUAUAUCUGUCAAAGACCACAACAAAGCAGUCCAGAAGCUGAGAGCAGACAGUCGGAUGAACUCACUCCUCUCCUGAAUGAAUAAACUACAUUUUAAAAAAUGCAACCACAUCUCACUGUCUUACCUCCUGGUGAGCAUCUGCCUUUGAGUUCAAUAUUUUUUGAAAUUCUUGUCACAGGAAUCUAAAUAAUUCUGUCAGUGUAUUGAAGAAGGUUUUUUCCUUAAAUGUGUUGUAGAGGUUUUUUUAAGGACACAUAGCUUAACAACUAUACAACAAAGCAGAAUAAUGGGGCAGCACUGACUUUGAUCUGGUGCAUUCGAUUAGCAUUUUUGCACUGUGGAUAAAUGAAACACGAGUGAAUUUACCCACAGUACAUUUCAACUCCUCCUCACUCACUACAUGUGCCUUUUGUUCUCCAUCACAUGAUUUUUAUUCAUUGAUGAAGUGACACAGAUUGAAAGCUUCCUGUUCACUGUAGCCGUUGUAUGUU